AUGGGAAAUCCUCAAGGCAGAAAACCGGGUGCUCGGUCCAAGUUGAAAAAGUACAAGAGAAAGACGUGGCUGUGUCGUCGUGCCAAGGAUACGGAUCAAAUUCAAGACGAAAUAACCAAGGCGGACGAGGCGGGCAAACCCAUUGCCUUUGACUACGACGACGAAUUGCCAGGGGGCGGUCAGUUCUAUUGCGUGGAAACGGGCAAGCAUUUCACCGACGCCAAAGCGUUGGCAGAUCACAAGAAGAGUCGUUAUUACAAACGACGCUGCAAAGAAUUAAAGGAAGAAAAAUACACCCAAGGGGAAGCCGAGUGGGCCUCUGGAAUGACCAAGGAAAAACUGCCACCCGCACAUCCACCCAAAAAAUAA